AUGUCCACCCAACAAACCCAAACCCGCCUCCAGACACUCAGAAUGCAGCACGAAGUCCUCAAAACAGAACUCCAAGCUCAAAAAGCUUAUGCUAGCAAGCCCCGACACAAUCGUCAAGCCCAACUCAGAAACACAAAUCACACUCAUGACUUGCUUAUCGAUGACUAUCUGUCUAAUGCUACGAUGACAGUUGAUUCUAGAAACAAUUACGAGGACACGACUUCUGCGUUGCGAACUUGGUUCAACGACCUCUCAGGAAAAUUCGAAGGCGUAAUGGGCAUAGUAGGUAACUGCGGCACCAUCGAUAAAGCCGAGCCCUUCCCCCCCAUAACCCCCUAUUCAUCCACCUAUCCCACCCCUCCUCUUCCCUCCUAUCCCCUUCUAACCCCGCGCUCCCUCCUCUCCCACGCCUUCCCGCUCCUCUGCGUCGAAGACCUCGUGCAAGACUUCUUUACGCUCGCACCAUGGGAAGACAACGACGACCUGCGCUACGCCAACGACCGCUUCAAGAACCAUGAGUUCUUCGAGGGCGGCAAGUAUCGCAGUCUGCAUUUCAUGCGCAUGCACUGUAAGUGUGAGGAGUGUCGCCGUUUUCGGGUUAAGGUGGGGAAGAGUAAUAAGGAGUUGGUGAGGAUGGGGGAGAGGACGAGUAGGUUGGAGGCUGUUGAGCCGGGGUUGGGGGGGAGGGGGGAGAGUGUCGGGGAAAGAUGGUCUUAA